AGCACGUCUCUCCGCUGCAGAACGGAUCGCGCUCGUCCUCUCGCGUGACUUCCCGCUGAACCCCUCCUCAACUGAGACCUCGUCUGUCCUCAAGUGGCCCUCAGGUGAAAAGUGGCGCUCGGGCCCACUCAGCCGCAGUGGGAAGGCUGGACAGGGGAAGUCAUGUGACCAACAAGACAAGAAAACAAGCAGGGCACAGCAUUCUGCAGAGACUGCCAUUCCAAAGGGCUUUCCAGUGUGGAUCUAUGGUGCAGCAUUAGGUAGAAAAUGGCUCUAAACUGGCAAGUCCUGGUUAUUUUGGUGCAAGCCUUUAUCAUAUCAGUGAAGUUAUGUGAAAUUCCUGAAGCAGAUAAACAUUUAGUUAAGUCAUUGAACCUUAAACUUCUGAGGACAACACUCGACACUUCCAUUGAUGGAAAUCCCAGUGUCUAUGUUGGGCUACGUCUUUCUGAAGAUCAUAAUCUGGAAAAAGAGGAGGAGUACUUCCAGAGACUGAAAACUCCAAUAGAAGCUGUUUCUAACAGAUUGGGCAUCAAAGAAGGAGAGCCAAAGACAGGACUACUAGCCCUUCAGCUGAUGGCACAGAAGCUUUCUUGUGACAAUAUAGACACAUCAACGAGAAACAAGUUAAUCAAACAUAUGAAAUACCACCUUCAUAAAGAAAAAGAAAGUAUAGCACUUAAUGACAAACCACUUUCCAACUACUACCAGUACAGUCUGGGUAUUCUAGCCAUGUGUGUCAACGACAAAUUUGUCGACAGGCAUGUGGUUCACAAGCUCAUCCUUGCUGAAGAACAAAAGAAAUUUGUACAUGGAGAAUCUGGCCCAGUAGACACACAAGCCAUGGCUGGCUUGGCACUGCAGUGUGUGAAGAGAUUCAAUAACUAUCCCCGUGAGCUGAUCAUGGAUAUAAAAAACUCAGUUAAACGGAUAAAAGACACAAUUUUACGAUCCCAGAACACUGAUGGGGAACUAGGAAAUCUUUACAGCACCCCUCUUGCUGUGCAGUUUCUCUUAGCACUUGGUGGCAGAAUAGACCAAGAUCUCUGUCUAAAAGCGAUAACUGCCCUGAUGAAUGGAUUAAAAGAAGGAAAGUUCUCAAACCCUCAAAUGAUGUCCCAGCUAAUGCCUGUGAUGUUCCAAAAAUCAUAUCUGGAUGUUGCUAAGGUGGACUGUAAGAACAUUAUAAACGAUCCUUUGCUAAUCCCCAGCUCCCCCACCCUUCAUGAUGUUGUUGUUGGCGAAGAUCUUAUUCUUGUCCGUCUUGUGGUGGAAGGUCAGAAUAUCAAUGAGAUGAUUGAGGUUCCGUCACGAUCCUCACUUCUAGAUGUUCUCAAGACAGCUCAAAAGCAAAAUUCGAAGUUUUCGUUUGAAACAAAAAAUACAUUGCACGGGCCUUUCCUCACCACAGUGAAUAAGGUGGCAGGUUACUGGCAACUUCUGAAGGACCCAAAUAUUACCUUGUUACAAGGUAUUGCUGAUUACAGACCAGAGCACGGCGAGACGAUCAUCUUACGACAUGAAACCUUCUAAUCCUCAAAGAUUUCUGAACUCCAAGAUCAAUAAAAAUCUUAGUUACAGUUUGAUAUAAAAUAGGAGUGUUUUGUUAUCUAAAUUCCUAACACAUUCAUGAUAUUUCCAUAUUUGAUAACUAAUUUUAAUAACUGUAAAAUCCUUAACACUGAAUCAUCACAGUAAUAUUUUUGGGAACACUUAUUAAAUAAAGGUUCAUUUGAAUGAACUGUCCAUCAGACGCAAUACUCAGGGCUUUAAGGCUUUAAACAAAAAAAAUUGUGAAUGUUAAUCAUUUUGCUAUAAUGUUGAAGGUUUGUAAACUGUAUGGAUAUUUUUAAAAUAAAUGUUUUGAAUAUAGUGAUCAACCUGUUUCAGAAAAGCACAAAGGUAUAAAAAAUCAGUAUUGCAGCAAUACAAUGCAGUUAAAGGGUUACUCCGGUGGAAAACUUUUUCUUUUUAAAUCAACUGGUGCCAGAAAGUUAAACAGAUUUGUAAAUUA